ACCCUCCACACCACAGACAUGGCCUGCUACGACCUCUGCCGCCCCUGCGGACCCACCCCGCUGGCUGACAGCUGCAACGAGCCCUGUGUCAGGCAGUGCGAGGACUCCCGCGUCGUCAUCCAGCCUUCCACCGUGCUCGUCACCCUGCCAGGACCCAUCCUCAGCUCCUUCCCACAGAACACCGCCGUCGGAUCCUCCUCAUCCGCUGCCGUCGGCAACAUCCUCAGCUCCCAGGGAGUGCCCGUCUCCUCCGGAGGCUUCGGCUACGGCUAUGGCUUUGGAGGCCUGGGCUGCUUCAGUGGCAGAAGAGGCUGCUACCCCUGCUAA